ACAUAACUUGCUGCGUUAGGAACCUCUGAAAACAGAGGAAAUAAACAUCAAUAAUUUGCUCUUCUGACAAAAUGUUUACGUUAAAGUUGCAUCCUCACGUAUCCAAGACUCUAGCAGUUCAGAAGGCCGUGAUAAACCGGCUCAAUGAGGGACAUUUUUGGUCAAAAAUCAGUUCGUCAUUUUCUGUGCUGUCUUCUUCAGAAUAUUCAAAUCUGUCAAAUGAAAGAAAGACAGAUGGAGCUUCCAGUCGUUUUUCCAAUGUAAACUGUACGUGUUUUCUUAGUAAUGUGAUAGCCAGAGGAAUUCGCUCUGAUUUGAAAUACACUGACUCUGUUUGUAAAGGACAAAUUCAACAACAGGCAUGUAAGCAAGAAAUGGUCGAUAGAAGUAUGCCGGAGGGAAUUCUAGCAACACGAAAUGUAUCUUGUAGUCAAGUUGUGACAAAAAACAAUUUCCCAGCCCUCCAGACAAUUAGAAACUUCUCAACAGGAAUGAGACAAAAUGAAGCCAAGGGUCCUAGUCUUCUGACAAGAAUGUUAUGGAAAGUUGGCAUUGGCAAACUAAGAUACAACAAAAGUAGAAUGAGAUUGGCUGCUUGUAAGCUCUAUCUGUGCUGCGAUGAGUUGGUUGAUCACUUUGAAAUGACCCAAGUGCUUGGCCUGCCAGACACCUUCUACUCAUGGUAUCUCAGUAUGGAGCUGCACGUUUGGUUAAUGAUGGUCAGACUUCACCAAGAAGGAGAGGAGGGCAAAUAUGUCAAACACAUGCUGGUCAAGGCCUUGUGGGACGAUGUGGAGAACAGAAGCAAAAAACUGGGGCAUGCAGCACUGACCUCAGCCAGACGUGUCGGUAUCAAGGAAAUAGGUAACCACUUUCAAGCAGCAUUAUUUGCUUACGAUGAGGGGGCACUUGGUGAUGAUCGAGUCUUAGGUGCAGCCAUCUGGAGGAUUGUAUUUGAAAUGCAGGACGUGGACCCUGUGCUAAUUGAACUGAUUGUGGCAUAUGUCAGAAAACAGCUCAAGCAUCUAGAUGGUCAAUUAAGUGAAAAUCUGCUUCUAAAAGGACAAACCACAUUUUUACCAAUUUAUGGAGAUGAAGAACUGGUUGAUAAUAGAGAGAAAUUGGAAGAGAUUCUUGCCAGGAGUAUACAGUGAUAUUCAUGGAGUAGACAUUUGAGUUGUUGACUGUUAACCCUUUCAGUGCUGGUCAUUUUCAAAAUGGUGCACAUCUCACUUGAACCAACAAUGGAGUGGAAUUGAAUUAAUAAAACUUGCAUGUAAGUUUUAAUCAGCUGUUUGCGUCGCCCCAAAUGCAAUUGACGCAUCUGUCCAAUGACAGUAAUAAAACCACACAAUGACUGUGUUGGGAAAUGCACACAUCCCCACGAAGACUCAACACCUUCGGGUUGCCCCCAAACGCAAUUGACAAUAAAGUCCAAAGACAAAUAAGCCUUGUUUUGAGUGUUGUCAAAUUAAAACUGCAUCCUUUUCA